GACCCGGCAGUGAGCGGGGUUUUGCAGUUCUGCUAACCUAUCUAGCGAACUUGUUUUAGUUAUCAUUUAUCCCGCUCUUUGAGUGAGUACAAAGUGAGUAGAGAGGAGCAUACUCCUAAAUGUUUUUCCUGUAAUCAGCAGGGUGACGAGGUAUUUGAGUGAAAUGGCAGACUGGAACGCUUACUACCCGAAGGAAGAUGAUGAGGUUGAACAGGAAGAAGGAGAAGAAUCCGUUGGGGAUUAUAAGAGCAGUGGGCGUGACAGCUUGGUGUUCUUAGUGGAUGCAUCUAAAGAAAUGUUCAUCAAGGGGGAAGAUGGGGAGCCCUCUAACUUUGACAUGACCAUGCAGUGUGUGCGCAGUGUUUACACCAGUAAAAUCAUAAGUAGUGACAAAGACCUGAUUGCAUUGGUGUUUUAUGGGACUGAGCAGAGCAAAAACCCAAGAAACACUUUCAAACAUGUCUAUGUCUACCAUGACCUGGAUUCUCCUGGUGCCCAGCGGGUGCAAAAUAUUGAUAGCUUGCGGGGUGAGGAAGGAGCACAGCUGGCAGCAGAGACCAUGGGCAGUGGACAGACUUCCCUCGGAGACGCUCUGUGGUGCUGCUACAACUUAUACAGUGACAUAAAGCUACGGCUCUCUCACAAACGCCUCAUGAUUUUCACCUGUAGAGAUGACCCUCACGGAGGGGAUAGUACACGGGACAUACGAGCUCGAACUAAGGCUGCUGACCUGAAAGGGACAGGAGUGGUUAUAGAUUUAAUGCAUCUUAAAAAACCAGGAGGGUUUGAUGUUUCCUGUUUCUUCUGUGACAUUGUAAGCCCCCCUGAGGAUGAGCGUGAGCUUGGGCUCCAGCUUGAACCUUGUGGUAAACUUGAGGAUUUAAAGAACAGGGUGAGGGCUAAAGAGAUGAAGAAGAGAGUUCAGAGCAGAUUGACUUUUUCCCUGGGAGAUGGGAUGAACAUCGCUGUGGGAGUAUACCUAUUGGUUAAAACAGCCACUAAACCUCAAGCUGUCAGGCUGUAUGCAGAAACCAAUGAACCUGUACGUACCAAGACCCGCCUAUUUCACACCCAAAAUGGAAGCCUGCUUCUGCCCAGUGAUACAAAAAGAGCCCAGGUUUAUGGAAAAAAGCAGAUUGUGAUGGAAAAGGGUGAGGUGGAUGAGAUCAAAAAGUUUGAUGAUCCUGGCCUGGUCUUAAUCGGGUUUAAGCCAAUGGACUGUUUGAAACUGCACCACCACAUACGGCCUUCACUCUUCAUUUAUCCUGAAGAGGAGCAAGUCACAGGGAGUUCCUGUGUGUUCACAGCUCUGCUGCAGAAGUGUAGUGAGAGAAAUGUGUUUGCACUCUGCAAAUACACUUCGAAACUGAACACUCCACCUCGUUUUGUGGCAUUGAUACCCCAAAGAGAGGUUCUGGACAGUAGUCAAGUCCAGGCUGCACCUGCGGGUUUCCAUGCCAUUUACUUACCGUAUGCCGAUGAUAAACGCACUUUGGAUGUGCAUGACUGUCCUACAGCCUCUGAUGAGCAGGUUGACAAGAUGAAACAAAUAGUGCAUAAACUCCGCUUCAGAUACAGGAGUGAUGCAUUUGAAAAUCCAGUUUUGCAGCAGCACUACAGGAAUCUGGAGGCCUUGGCCCUGGAUAUGUGUGCACCUGAAGCCAUUGAGGACUUUACUAUGCCAAAGGUAAAAAUGAUGGAUGAUCGCCUCGGUCCUCUAGUUCAAGAAUUCAAAGAUUUGGUCUAUCCACCCAACUAUAACCCAGAAAGCAAGACUGCAGCUAAACGUAAACAGGCUGACGCUGAGGGAGCUGUUGACAAGAAGCCAAAGGUGGAGAUAUCAGAAGAUGAGCUGCGAGCUCAUGUAGCCAAGGGCACCUUGUCCAAGCUCACGGUACCUGUGCUCAAAGAUGCCUGCAAACAUUUUGGAGUGCGGACCACAGGGACUAAGAAAGCGGAACUUAUAGAAGCCUUGUUGGCACAGCUUAAUUAAUAAGAUGAUGCUGAAGUAGAUUUUAUGCCUGUAACAUCUUGAAUGUACAUUUAUUUGUGUAAUGGAGGGACCCUUUUGCCAUUAUAGUGGCUGUUGAUAUCUGGUGUCCGAUUUAUAAUCCCUUAUCAUAAAUCUCACUACUCGUAUUAAUCUUUAUGCAUGUCCUUAAAGUUUAAAGAACUUUAGCAAUACUGAAGUAAUAAUGUAAACACAAUUACUAAAACUUUUGCAUUAAUUCUUCUAGAAAGUGUGAGUAAUAACACUUUUCUUUAGGUACAAUGUAGGUAAAGAUUAAAACAAAAAGUAAGUAAAAAAGUAAGUAAAAUAAAAAGUGCUGAAAAGACAGCUCAGAGGAAAUAAAAGGCAAGUAUGUAAAAUAAGGGUUUUAUAGUACUUAAGCAUUUGGGCGUAAUAAGUAGUAGAAGUUGACACUUCUGUUUGUAAUAAAAUUUAAAUUCAUUAAGCAUUUUUGUGAUA